AUGGCUCCUAUCGAUGUGGAGAAGGCUAUUGAGGAGCUUACACUGGGUGAGAAGGUCGCUCUCACGGCUGGACGCGACUUUUGGCAUACAGCAUCAGUUCCACGCCUAAAGAUUCCUUCACUGCGCAUGUCCGAUGGCCCGAAUGGUGUCCGAGGCACACGGUUCUUCAACGGCAUUCCCGCUGCCUGUUUCCCAUGCGCCACCGCCCUAGGCGCCACCUGGGAUACCGAGCUGUUGUCCGAAGUCGGCACAUUAAUGGGCGAUGAAGCCAUUGCUAAGGGUACCCACGUCGUCCUGGGUCCCACAAUAAAUAUUCAGCGAUCGCCUCUCGGUGGUCGCGGAUUCGAGUCUUUCUCUGAAGAUGGUGUACUCUCCGGUACCCUUGCGGGACAUUUGUGCAAGGGUUUGCAGGAUAAGGGUGUCGCCGCAACUCUCAAGCAUUUCGUGUGCAAUGACCAGGAGCACGAGCGGAUGGCUGUAAAUAGCAUUCUUACACAGCGUGCUUUGCGCGAAAUUUACCUGCUUCCUUUCCAGUUGGCUCUGCGGAUCUGCCGGUCAGCGUGUGUUAUGACUGCUUACAACAAAGUCAACGGCACACAUGUUAGUGAGAAUGAGUUUUUGCUCAAUGAUGUUCUGCGGAAGGAGUGGGGGUGGGAUGGAUUGGUUAUGAGUGACUGGUUUGGUGUAUAUAGCACCUCUGAUGCGAUCAAUGCUGGUCUCGAUAUUGAGAUGCCUGGUAAGUCUCGGUGGCGCGGGGAGGCCCUUGCACAUGCCGUGUCUUCCAACAAGGUAGCCGAGUUCAAGCUUGAUGAGCGAGUGCGUAACAUCUUAAACUUGGUCAACUGGGUAGAUCCAUUGGGGAUUCCUGAAGGGGCAUCUGAGAUAGCACUGAACCGACCUCAGGACCAAGCAUUGAUGCGCCGAGCAGCAGCGGAGUCGGUGGUUCUAUUGAAGAAUGAGGGCGCCACUUUGCCUUUGAAAAAGGAUAGGUCGGUACUGGUUAUCGGACCUAACGCCAAGCAAGCAACCUACUGUGGCGGUGGCUCAGCUUCCCUGGCUCCUUAUUAUACAGUGACUCCAUUUGAUGGCGUUUCGGCGAAAAGCAAAGGAGAUGUUAAGUUCUCUCAGGGUGUCUAUUCCCACAAGGAAUUGCCCCUCCUUGGCCCGCUAUUGAAGACAGAAGAUGGAAAGACCGGCUUCACAUUCAAAGUUUACAAUGAGCAUCCAAGUGCUGGCACAGAGCGUACAGUUGUGGAUGAGCUGCAACUUGUUUCCUCGGCUGGAUUCUUGAUGGAUUAUUACAACCCCAAGAUUAAGUCCAUGACUUACUAUAUCGACAUGGAGGGAUAUUUCACCCCUGAGGAGACUGGACUGUAUGACUUCGGCGUGACUGUUGUCGGUACUGGCCGCCUGCUUAUCGAUGGUGAGGUGGUUGUGGAUAACACCAAGAACCAGAAGCAAGGUUCUGCCUUCUUCGGCACUGCUACCAUCGAGGAGCAUGGCGAGAAGGAACUCAAGGCCGGACAGACUUACAAGGUCCUCUUUGAGUUCGGUACUCCACCCACCUCCGAUAUGGACACUCGUGGAAUCGUAACAUUCGGUGCAGGUGGCUUCCGCUUCGGCGCAAGUCGUCGCGUCAGCCAGGAAGAGCUGAUCGCCUCCGCUGUGGAACAAGCAAAGUCAGCCGAGCAGGUUGUCAUCUUCGCAGGCUUGACAAGCGAAUGGGAAACCGAAGGCUACGAUCGUGACCACAUGGAUCUGCCGCCAGGUAGCGAUGAACUGAUUACCCGUGUGUUGGCCGUCAACCCGAAUGCCAUUGUGGUAAUCCAAUCUGGCACGCCCGUAACUAUGCCUUGGGUAGACGAUGCGCGCGCCGUGGUGCAAGCCUGGUUCGGCGGCAACGAGUGCGGCAACGGUAUCGCAGACGUUCUCUACGGCGAUGUGAACCCCUCCGCCAAGUUGCCUAUUACCUUCCCUCGUCGCCUGCAGGAUAAUCCGUCCUACGUGAACUUCCGCUCGGAACGCGGUCGCGUACUCUAUGGCGAAGACAUCUACGUGGGCUACCGUUACUUCGAGAAGAGUGAUCUUGCCCCUGCCUUCCCCUUCGGUCACGGUCUAUCUUACACGACCUUCACUCGAUCGGACCUGGACAUCAAGACUGCUCCCGAGCAGGCCAAAUUCUCCGAAUCCGGCGAACCCAUUACCGCCACUGUCACUGUUACCAACACCGGCUCUCUUGCUGGUGCUGAAAUUGUCCAGCUUUGGAUUGUUUCCCCUAAGACUGAUGUCAAUCGGCCCAUUCGUGAGCUCAAGGCUUUCCAAAAGGUCUUCCUUCAGCCUGGAGAAUCUCAGACCGUGCAGCUCAGCGUCGAGAAGAAGCUUGCGACGAGCUGGUGGGAUGAGCAGCGCGAGCAAUGGAUCUCCGAGAAGGGCGAGUACGAAGUUUUGAUCACCGGUACUGGUGCCGAGGAGCUCCGGGGUAAAUUUGAGGUUGGCAAGACCCGAUUCUGGCUUGGCCUGUAG